AUGACUGACACUCGUCACCUCCGCCCCCCGGCGCCCAAUUUCCCGGGUGUGGAAACAAGCAACAGCGUCGCCUCACAAGGGGUACAAAACUGGGGACCUCAGGCUGCCCCGUCGCUGGCGUGGUUCCGGGGGUCCCCGCGCGCAUCAGAAGGACCAGACAGGAGACCAGCAGGAGAAAAUCACGAUAUGGGACCAAAGCCUCGCGCCAAAGGACUACCCAGACAAGGUCCUCCGGCAGAAGGCCCUCGUCCCCGGGGAAACCAGCGAAAGUCUGGCGUUGAAAAUCGCACCCCAGCGCCCGGGAAAACCCACGUUCCCCUGCGGGAAAAGCCCUCCGCGCACUCCACCCUCGCCUGGGAAAAGGGGGUCAUGCCGCUGAUAUGA